GUGAUGACCACAAGACCCCCCCUGACCUUUUUAUAAAUACUGUACACAAAGAAGCUUAUUUUUCCUGUGGGUGUCGAGCUAGUGUACAUGUUGUCUAGCUAGUUUAUAUUUAUUUACUGCCUCGUUGAGUGCACGGCCUGUCUGUCUAUUCAAAACACUCAGAGUUUCUGUUGACAUGUUGAAGUGGUUGGCUGGUAGCAGUGGUAAUGGUGGUAACGGUGGUAACGGCUCUACUAUGAUUGGACGUGUGUAUCGUAUCAACGAACAUCAGGUUGUGGUCGAGGAUAUACUAGCAGAAGGUGGCUUUGCUGUCGUCUUUGUGGUCAGAGCCAGUAAUGGACGCAAGCUAGCUCUGAAGAGACUGGCAGUGAACAAUGAUGCUGACCUCUACCUCACCAAACAAGAGAUUGCUGUCACCAAGGCUCUGUCUGAUUGCUCGUAUUCUGUGACAUACAUUUCAUCCAUUACUAAGCAGAUAUCCAGUGAUGUGCACGAGGUCCUCAUACUAAUGGAGUUAUAUACAGGUACUUCGGUGAUAGAUUUGCUGAAUCAACGAUUAUCAGCGGGCACUCAACUGAGACAACGUGAAGUGUUGCAUAUCUUCUCUAAUGUUUCCAAGGCUGUUGCUAGGCUACACCAUCGGACAAAACCCAUCAUACAUCGUGACCUCAAGAUUGAGAACAUACUCCAUGACUCUGUGCACGACACAUACAUACUCUGUGACUAUGGAAGCUGUUCCCUCAAGAGCAUGCACCCCGAGGAGAUGGGGGCCACGGAAUGUUCUGAUGAGAUCUCACGCUUCACCACAAUGCCUUAUCGAUCUCCAGAGAUGGUCUCCGUAUAUUCUGGCAAAACCAUCACCACCAAAUCUGACAUCUGGGCACUGGGCGUACUACUGUUUAAGCUGUGCUUCAUGGAUACUCCAUUUGGUGACAACCCUCUAGCCAUAGUCAGUGCUCAGUACAGCAUUCCUGAAGGCUCUCCUUACACACAAGACCUGCACAACUUGAUAGCUUACUUGUUGACCUCUGACCCUGAGCUGCGUCCCAGUAUCUGGCAAGUGUGUGAGGUGGUGUCCAGGAUCACAGGAACCACCAACCAUGUCACUAAUGUCUUUCGUUCCCCUGGUCCACCCAAUCCCCUCCCUUCUCCGAAAAAAACUCGUCCUGUUGCUAAGAAACCAACAAACCAAUCAAAACCAUCCGUGACUAUCACCCCCAUCAACGCUACGAGGGCUAUUGCCACAGCGGUUACCACGACAACCAUUUCAUCUCGAGAUCGACCUCGCGGAAGAGGUAGCGGGUCUAAGUCGCCACGGCAACAACGAGUAUCGAACCUGAAGCCGUCCAAUCAGAAUGCAGGAUUCCAUAAGAGCGUAGACAGUGGACUGGAUGCUUUUGGUCAUGUCCCGUUCACUCCACAAAGAAUAGGAUCAGAGACCAACCUGACCACAGUGACUGGCAGUCCAUUUCCUACAGAUGACUUUGGUAGCACUUCAUUUGAUGGACGUUCCUCUACCCCGCCCACUCAUAAUACUGCUGACAAUGCAAGACGAGAUUUGUUUGGAGCACCCCCCUUUGGAGAGGGUUCAAAGGUUACGAAGACAAUGACAGCUGUAGAUCAAUUUGGAGCAGUUCCUUUUAGCUGAAUUUUAAUAUUUAUUUUUCCGUGCGUUUAGUAUUAUUAUAAGUGUUGUUUUGUGUGUAGUAGGAUCACAUGACUAGACUAUUAACUGUGUCUGUGUGCAUAUUAUAAUGGAUUUUUAUAGUGCUUUUACUUCAUAAUUAUGCAAUUUUAA